AUGACAAACAGGGCCAAAGAAUCCAUGAAAGAAGGAGCGGAGAGGAGUAAAGAAAAGGUGAAAGAGAUGAAAGACAGAGCCAAAGAGUACACGGAGGAGACGAAGGAGAAGGCCAAGGAAGAAGCGUACAGAGCGGCGGAGACAGCGGAGAGCACGAAAGAGCGAGCGAAAGACUACGCGGAAGCAGCGAAGGAGAAGGCUAAGGAGGGAACUUACAGGGCGGCAGAGACGGCGGAGAGCGCGAAAGUGCGAGCGAAGGAGAAGGUCAAAGACGCGGCAGAGACGAUGAAGAAGAAAGCGAAGGAGGGGACAUAUGAGGCCGCGAAGACGGCGGAGAGUGUGAAGGAGAAGAUGAAGGAGGGGACAAGCAAGGCGACGGAGACGGUGAAGGAGGGGACGUUAUUACUUUUCAUGAAAACCCUAAUCCCAAUCCUCAAAACUCAUAGAUCGAUUCAGAUUGAACAAACCCAUUAA